UUUUUUCGUACUUACUACAUUCGUACCAGUCACUUGAGGUAGUAGGUGCAGAUUGAAAAGAUAAGAAUGUCCGUUGAAAAUGUGGCUGAUGUUCCAGACCUUGGAAGGCCUGAUGUUGCACGGGCAGCAGCGGAUGAUUCCCAGCUUGUCCAGAUAAAGGCUUCAAAUGCUGAGAUUAUGCGACGUAUUUCGGCCCUCAUUGAGCAGAAACAGCGAGAAGUGGACAUCAACAACUGCCAGGAGUUUUGUGGUAUUCAUCCAGCCUUGGAAGCGAUGGAGGACUCAUGUUCGCGGACCACAGCUGUGUUUGUUCCCCGUGCUGGAGGCAAAAGCCACAUCAAAGUUAGCCGAGUGGUGAACAUGUAUGGCCCGCAGACCCGCAAUCUUGGACAGACUUUGGGGAGCCAAGAAAACAAUUCAGGGAAACAGACAACCAAUUCUGCCAUUGACGGCUUGGAAGAGAGACUCUCCAAUAUGGAGGACCAUCUCAGAAUAUCUGGAUCCACAACGACAGAUGUGUUCAGUAGGCUCAAGAGCCUGGAGGAAAGAAUUCUCUUCCUUGAAACUCUGUCCCCAGAGUACUUUACAUCAGGGCCACCUCCUGCCAAGAAACAGAAGAAAGAGGAGAAAGGCUCUGUGCAGACUGGGUUAAAGGAGGAAAUGAGUAUUGGGGAAAUAGAUGCAAGGAUACAGGAACUACGUGAAUCACUCUGCAGGAAGAUAGACACAUGAUCUAAGCUGACAUGCUGAUUGGACUGUUUUGGUCAUAUAUUUGACCUUAAAUGCUUAUUGGACAGUUUGAGGUCACACGAUCAGAGCUUCCAUGCUGAUUGGACAGUUUUGGUCACACGAUUAGAGCUUCCAUACUGAUUAGACAGUUUUGGUAAUGUGACCGAAGCAUUCAUGCUUAUUGAACAGAUUUGGUCAUGUGAAAGAAAAGUUGGGUCAUGUGACAGAUAAGAUGUUACAUGUCUGUGUAUGGUCAAGCAUCCAGAGUGUCAUGGCUAAUAUAUAAAUGUAUUUAUUUACAUCUUAAUACCUGGUUCUACCUGGUUCUUGAGGGAAACUGUUAGGCCCCCAAGGCCUGUCUUUUGCCUGUCUGUUUUUGUGUUGUCUCCAGUUCGGUCUGGUAUAUUUUCAAUAGUAUCUUGUUUUAGAUCUAAUCAGUACACGUUUUCAAGAGGAAACCUCUUUGCUUGCCACAGCUUAUCUAGCUUUGACUUAAAUAAAAUCACAUUUUUUGCAUUUACUGUUAAAGCAUUCCAAUUGUUUAUGACUCUAUGGGCGAACGAGUAUGCUCUUAUUACCGGGUAGCUCUUGGUUUCUGUAUCUUGUAAUUAUGUCCACAGUUUGAUGUGUUGGUUGAUAAGGUAAACAAAGUACUGUAGUUACAUCUAUGUCAUUGAUGUGAUGUAUCAUUUAAAAUACUUGUAUGAGAUCACCUUGCAACUUUCUGAUGUCUGUGAACAGCCAGAAGAUGAUGUAUGUGAACAGUCAGAAGAUGAUGUCUGUGAACAGCCAGAAGAUGAUGUCUGUGAACAGCCGGAAGAUAAUGUCUGUGAACAGCCGGCAGAUGAUGUCUGUGAACAGCCGGCAGAUGAUGUCUGUGAACAGCCAGAAGAUGAUGUCUGUGAACAGCCAGAAGAUGAUGUCUGUGAACAGCCAGUUGAUGAUGUCUGUGAACAGUCAGUAGAUGAUGUGGAAUCUGAUGAUUGCUGAAAUAUUAUAAAAUAACAUAAAGAUCAUUAGUGAAAUCAACCUUCUGUUCAAAUCAUCAAUCAAAUAUAAUAAAUUAUUAUAUACCUAGUACAAGUUAAAGUCCCAUAAAGCUGUUAUUUUUAUAUUAAAAAUAGUUUGAACAACUGUCCACAUAUAGACAAUAAGAAACGAUCAAGUUAUAAUAUUGCACAUGAAAUUAUACCGCUAUAAUCAAUAAAGGGGGGUAAUAAAAUCAA